AUGCCUCGCUGCAUUGUGGCUGCCACCAACCACCCCAGCAAGUUCCAAUUCUGUCGCAGCCCGGCCCUUCUGCAGGAUGCUGGCUUGGGCAUGGUCCGUGACGGUUCGCGCUGGCCAAGCGCCUGGAUGCACCUGAGCGAUCGUUUCUCUAUGGCUCCGCCCGGCGAUAUGACUUUUACGCAAGGUGACUGCAGCCAUCGCUUCCAGCUCGACAUCCACAGGCGGCACUGGGACUUCGCGGAGCCAUACAGCUGCUUGAAAUUUUCCUGCCAGCCAAUAGCCUUCAUGCGCUUUUUGGCCUCUGAAUCUUCAUCCACGUCGUCUUCUGCUGGAAGUGGCACAGGUCUUUGCACAACCGGAUCCAAUUACAAAUUGGAGGUAGCAUCCCGAGAUGAAGCUCCAGACAAGGAGAUUCGCACCUGCGAGUUUGAUCCACCAGGCUUGACACGUUCAGGUCCAGGAUUCUGGUGUCCAGUAUGUCGACAACGAUCAUCCGGAGUCAUCC